AUGCUGAGGCCCAAAGUUCAAAUCCCGCAGGUCAUGUUGGGAUCAACCAUUCUCGGAGGCCUUUCGGGAAUUCCUAUGACGCUGGUGGUGAUGUUCUGCGCCUCGAAUCCGGAGGCUUUGCUUACGCCCAUUGGGGGACAGCCGCUUGUCCAGCUGCUGAAGGAUUCUCUCCAUAGUACAGCACUGUCCAUGCUUAUUGGUAUCCUGAUUGUCAUUAUAAUGAUAAUGUGCUCCGUCGCCGUUCUCACGGCUAUGAGUCGAGUGGUGUGGAGUAUGGCGACCGAAAACCUUUUCGUUUUCCAGGGAUGGUUAUCCCAACUUUCCGAGGAGAGCCAGUUACCUAUUCACAUCCUGGUGGUGGUGUCCAUAUUAUCUUAUCUCAUUGGCCUACCCCAGCUAGGAUCAGCCAAGGCCCUGAAUGCUAUAAUCGGUGCAGGGGUGAACUGCUUAAUGAUCAGCUAUAUGAUCCCGAUCGUGUGCGUGCUGUGUCAUAAAGGUGACCCCUUUCCGCAAGAUCGAUACUGUCGUCUAGGAAAUGCUAGUCGUCCGGUGCAUUUGAUCGCCUUCAUCUGGAUAAUUGUCGUGGACAUUGAGACCUGUUUCCCUCAGUAUCUGCCGGUCACUACAAGCAACAUGAACUAUACUGGCCCCAUCAUGGCCGGUGUAGCUAUUCUUUUCGGGCUAAAUUGGGUUUUGCAUGCACGGAAUCUUUAUCAACUUCCUCAGGCGCUGUUGAAUUGA